UUGACAUUUCCAACCAUAUAACUUUUUUAAUUCACCAAUUUAACAUUUGUGAUAAGAUUACCCAAGACUUGAUAGUCGUACUAAUUACAGUCCCCUUCCAAUGUAUCUCUCUAUUCUGCUGUUAAAUUACUUAUAUGGAUAUUCAUGUGGGAUCGUGGCAAGAGGUAUUUGCUGAUACAGUGGAGACAUCCUGAACAAGAAAUUUAGUACCCAGAACGUACAGGGCACUAAAGCAGCCUGCUGAGGAGCUCUUACGCAGGGACAUCAUCAUACUCUGUAUAUGUUCCCAGAGUUCUCAUUUCUCCCUACCUCACCCUCCUGCUAAUCUGCAGUAUUUACACGGCCACAGCUCCAACACAACGAUUAAUUAAAAUUGUGCCGCCUUCCCCUAAAGCAGACACUGGCAGUUGUCUGGACAACCCAGCUGGAAUUGUCACAACAACUCCCCCUCGUUCACAGCUUCAAAUAGCCAUGUUUACCCUGGCCUGUCACUUGAAGCACUCAACUCACUGGUAACUGUGGUAAAGUAGAGAGGCACACAACAGUCAGAUGGCACAGACAGCAAUUUCCUCUCAUGUGAACAUGGAUUGACAGGUUAGAGAUAAUUGUGCAAGACAAAAAAAAUACCUUUUUCCAACCUGAACUAAUACUGUGGCUUUUGUGCGGCAAACUGUUCAUUGUGGCAUUGGAAGCAUUCAUGACUUCAUCAAGUUGAGAAGCUGGGAACAGGAGGCACAAGAUUGUAGUCUUGAGAUAAAGGAUGACUGAAUAGCAACCAUUCUGAUGAAAGAAGUCUUCCAAACCCUGAAUCUCAAAAAAAGAAAGAGGUAAGGUAAACUCAGUAUUUGCCUUUCAAGUGAGCACUGAGGCAAGAGGGUUGGUGUCUAAAACCCUACCUCUGAUUGAAAACUUAAUUAAAAUGCCUGAACGUAACAUUUAUUACUAAUUGGGUUUUGAUAGGAAAGUACUUAUUUGUCAUUAAGUGAUUUAAUUGCAUAGAAAAAAAUAUAUCUUGCUUAAACACAUUUCUUUAUCAUGUUUGCUCACUGCCUGCAGAAAGUCAAGCUUAAAGCAAAGCAUAUUCUCAGUUCACAGAAUUUUGAAUGAAAGGAAACAAGACGGCCACACAUUUGGGUUCCUGGAAUGGUUGUGGUGGAAAUCACUUGAGUGAUUUUAAUCACAUUAUUUAUUUCAUCUAAUCUUUAUAAGCCAGUGCAGAGUCCUCCUUUGAUCUUACAGUACAACAGUGCCAUCUAGCAAUGUAUGGACGCACUACCACAAGUAGUUGUUUUUUUUUGCAUUCAGUUUCUGUGGCAUCGUCUACGGAUGGCGGAAAUACAAAUGGAAUAUCUCCCCCUUUAAUAUUGUGGAAGACUUCAUACACAUUUGGUUCACCUCACUUUGAACAGUACAGCCACGCUAGAACAGAGCGCUUGAGCGUUCCAGAGCUGGCACCUACAUUAAGGAUUGGCUGCAGCUGCUAGUCCUUCUGACGGAGCUCAUCUCCCGCAGCUCUCUCCAGCGUUGAGUGUUGGCCAAGACUAUUACAGCUACAGUAUGAUCUGAUUCCCUGACAACUGCCUUUGGCACUGAGGAAUGAUGAAGGACAAACAGAACACGCUGCCUAUCUGCUCUUUACUGAUGCCUAAACAACAACACUAAUGCCGUGUAAAAUCAUUCAAGUACUCAGGCCUCCUAUUACUAGAAGUAUAGAAAUAUGUCAUCCGUCAUGCUUUCCCACUUCAACAAGCGAACAUCUAACCUCCUGGCUGUCAUUAAAACAUAAACAGAACAUACAGUAGUUCCUGGCACUACAUGGAUCUUUCCCUGUAAUGUGUCCAGUCUGCCUACUGUAGUGAAGGCUACCCAAACACCAACUGCUGGGUGGCUGUCUCACUCAUGUCUUACCAAUGAAGGCAUUUGUAGUUGAGAUCAAUGUGCCUGCUGUGUGUAUCCAGCUCCAUGGCAACUGGUGUCCAGCCUGUCUUAUCAUCAUAAAACAUGUAUGCCCUCUCUCCAAACAGUGUCCUAACAAGCCACUUGCGCUCAUUUGAUAGCGGUCAUUAAAAUUUAGCGAAUGGGGCAAAGGAUGGCCCAGCUCUCAAGUUCCUCAUGCAGGCAGCAGAUUAAUUUUUCAACGUUCCAUGGACUGGCGCCUCUGCAGACGUCCCGUGGCUGUGUUCGGACACUGAUGUGCCGUUUCUCUGAUGUUGCAACUGAAUACAAAGGCUUUCUUAAACCAAUAGAACAGUAACAUGACUUUCUGGAUGGUUGUACUUGUUCAGCUGCUGUUAUUUAUUGGCAAGUCGGUCUCAAAAAAAGGUGUCAAAUGUGGUGGAAUCCUCUCAGCUUCCUCUGGCAACAUAUCUAGCCCCAACUUCCCUGGACUGUACCCCUACGACAUCGAGUGCGCCUGGCUGAUUGUAGUCGCAGAAGGCUCCUCUGUCCUCCUCACUUUCCAGCACUUUGAGCUGGAGUACCAUGUCAGCUGCGCCUACGAUUACAUCAAAAUCUACAAUGGCGUCUCUGAGGAUGAGGGGAACCUCCUGGGGACAUUCUGUGGUGAAGUCUCCCCACCCCAGUUCACAUCGUCAUGGAACAUCAUGUCCAUUAUCUUCCACUCAGACCGCCACGUGGCCCACAGGGGAUUCUCUGUGGGCUACAGGAAAGAUAUGUGUGGUGGAGUUCUAACUGGCCUGUCGGGAAUCAUCUCCAGCCCGGGCUACCCUCAGGAAUACAGCAACAAUGCUAAUUGCUCCUGGACUAUUCACGUAUCCAAUCGCAGUGUGGUCACCCUGGUCUUCUUGGACUUCCAGCUUGAGAACAAUGAGGGUUGCAACUUUGAUUUUGUGGCCCUCUUUGAUGGCCCCACCGUCACCCAUCGUCAUCUGGGGAACUACUGUGGGGGAGACAAACCUCCAAAUAAGGUCACCACCUCCAACCAACUGCUCGUGGUCUUUAAUUCCGACUUCAACAUUGGUGGAAGGGGGUUCAAAGCUUACUACUACUCAGGUGAAUGCCAGCAGGUCCUUUCUGAAGUGAAUGACAACUUUACCAGCCCAAACUACCCCAACAUCUACCCCAACAACAUCAACUGCCACUGGAUCAUUACCUUGGCAGAGGGCUACCGGAUCAAACUCUCUUUCCCUGUCAUAGAGUUAGAGGAAAGAAACAGCCUAACAGACGAGUGUGACUACGAUUCUGUUGCAGUGUUUGACGGGAAUAGCCAAACAGACCCAAUUCUAGGCCACUGGUGUGGUUCUGAACACCCUCCCUAUCUGAUCUCCAAGGGCAACAAGCUGCUCGUUGUCCUCAGUACUGACAGAAAUUAUGCUUAUAAAGGGUUCUCUGCCUCCUAUAUUGGAGUGGUACCAGUGAACAUUAGCUGCACAAGAACAGAAUUUUCCAUCCUGAUAGCCCAGCAGUCUGUGCCUCAGCUGGGCCGUGAGAAUAUCUACCUGGGGAACCCCUCCUGCACUGCCCAGUUGACAGCAACUACCUACAAGAUACUUGCCCGCUUUGUCAAUUGUGGCACAGCAGGUAAGAAACGCCGGAACAUCACCAUGCUGGUAAACACACUAUAUAUCGACUUCUCUGAGGGGAAGCAGCAGAAUGUCCAGGAGUACGAGGUGCAGUGCGACGCCCAGAAGAAACAGGCCACCGUGUCCAUCAUAUCUACGGAAGAGCGCAACCGCUACAACGAGCUGGCUCGCCAGGCGGAGAGUGCCAGCAGCGGGGUGGGGGCGCCAAACUCUGAGCCUCACGAUCCCAGUGACAUCGUCUUCAUCAGCAUCUGUGUGCUGGCUGUCAUUCUUAUGGUGAUCGCCAUUGUGUGGCUAGUGCUGCUUUAGUGUAUUCCUUCUCCUCCCCCCAUUUCCAAGAUCUAAGCCAGAACAUUGUAGAGCGUAAUAUUUUCAUUAAAAAGUGUAUUAUUUUUUACUAAAAUGUACAAAACAUCCUAAUGUUAUGUAUGGCACAUAUCCUUCAUCCACAUUCUUGGCAUGACAGCAUACAAAUGCAAGUGUAACUGACACAAAUAUUUAGCAACACUCAUCUCAUAAAAAAUAAGAAAUUAAAAGAAGUAUGUGCUCUGAC